AUGGAAAUAAGUGUGAAUUUGAACGCUGGAAAAAACAGAGAGGAGAACAAAAAUGAUUGGAAAAGAGAUUUUGGAUACGAAUCUGUGCUGCAGCAGAGAGAUGACGGCAAGUCUGCCAAUGCUGGCAGCUCUGCUGUUUCUUGCUGCCAAGCCCAGCGACCUCACGGAAAUACAAAG